AUGGAUAGCCACGAUUCUCAAGACGGGAAAAGCCCCGCUGAUAUGACAGCAUUUGUGCAAAAUCUUCUUCAGCAGAUGCAAGGAAGGUUCCAGACCAUGUCGGACUCCAUUAUUACAAAGAUUGAUGAUAUGGGAAAUCGUAUAAAUGAGUUGGAGCAGAGCAUCAGUGAGCUGAGAGCUGAGAUAGGAGUGGAGAUCUCUCAAGCACAAGCAGCCUCUGAGAAGGCAAAGGAAGAAGAGUCGAACAAAGAAGAGGGUUCGUCUUAA